AUGAAGCGAUCGGGCCCCUGUUGUCCUUUCCGUGUGCAGACCAGCGACAGGAUCAACUUGUUGGAUGAUGAAAUCAACGAGCGCUACUUGUUCCACGGUACCAACCCUGAGUCGGCUCGGUCCAUCGCCAGGGACUUGUUCAAGAUGGAUCGUGCGGGCAGCUGCGCUGGCAGCAUGUUUGGCAGAGGCAUCUAUUUGGCGGAAAAUGCUAGCAAGAGCGACGAGUACGCAAAGGAAGGUGCUGGGGUCUACCUGGGCCUUUGUGCUAUGCUGCUUUGCCGCUGCGCUAUGGGCGAAGUCCUCACCGUGUCCCAACCAGGUGAUGUUCAGGAGACGGUACGUGCUGGCGGUUACGACUCCGUAUGCGGAGAUCGGCUGGCGGCGGCUGGGACAUUCCGAGAGAUGGUUUUCUUCAACGAGGAG